AUUCUACAAGUAACGUUGUUUUGCAUGUAAAACCAUCAAAAUCUUAUCCUAUGCCUUCGUCCCUCUGUCCCCUUGGCCCAUUGGGUUGGACAUGUAAGCCUUCCUUUGCAUGCUUAUACACAUGCAAAGAGCCACCUGUUUGCGUUGUAUCAAAACCUAACCGACAUCGAUACUUUCUGUCCUUGCAAAACAACGUUAAAGCCUCCUCUCUCUCUCUCUCUCUAAACUAAAUCUCUGAGACACACAUUCAUGGCUUCCUAUAUCUUCCUGUUUCUGCUCUCCCUACUUCUCCUUCUACCUUCCAUUUCUUCCAAUAUUACCACCAUUCCACUCUCACAUUUCCACAGAAACCCGCAUCCACAUCCACAUCUUCAUCCAUCCCACCACCUCAACAACUUAGCAACCUCAUCUCUAAAAAGAGCCCACCACCUCAAAAACCCCCAAACCACAACCACCCACCGUACCACCACCCCGGUCUUCUCCCAAAGCUACGGCGGCUACUCCAUACCCCUCAGCUUUGGUACCCCUCCCCAAACCCUUUCUUUCAUCAUGGACACCGGCAGCCACUUCACUUGGUUCCCUUGCACCAAAAACUACCAAUGCGUCAACUGCCCCUCUUAUCUCAAACCUUUUAUUCCCAAAUUGUCCUCAUCCUCCAAAAUCCUCGGCUGCUCCGAUUCUAAAUGCGCUUUGUUUCACAACAAAUCCCCCCGCUUUCACUGCCAAGCUUGCCGGCCAAAUUCCAAAAACUGCACCCAGAUGUGCCCUGCCUACACCUUCGUCUACGGCUUAGGGGAAACAACUGGAGUCCCGCUCUCUGAGACCCUCGACCUACCCACCCGAUCCGUACCCGAUUUCCUCGUCGGCUGCUCCGUUAGCUCUACCCACCAACCCCCAGCGGGCAUUGCCGGAUUGGGCCGAGGCCCUGCUUCUCUCCCCGCUCAAUUGGGGUUCAAAAAGUUCUCCUACUGCCUUCUGUCCCGGCUUUUCGAUGACACUAACAAAAGCAGCCUCCUGGUUCUCGACGCUGGAGAAAAAUGGGCCAAGAAAACUACCGGUGUUAUCUACACGCCGUUUGUAAGCAACCCAUUAGUCCCCGCCAGACCAGCUUUCUCCGUCUACUACUACGUGGGUCUCCGCCAAAUCAAGGUGGGACGGCGGCGCGUGAAAAUUCCGUAUAGGUACUUAAGGCCGGACUCAAGAGGCUCUGGUGGGACGAUCAUUGAUUCCGGGACCACGUUCACGAUCAUGGCGCCCGAGGUGUCACAGCGCGUGUCGGGAGAGUUUGCGAGACAGAUGGCAGCCGUAGGUUACAAGAGAGCUGAGGAAGUGGAGGCUGUGAGCGGGUUAAAGCCGUGUUACAGUAUUUCCGGAGCCAAAAGUGCGGCGUUUCCGGCGGUGACGUUUCACUUCAAAGGAGGGGCUGAGGUGGCGCUGCCGGUGGAGAAUUAUAUGGCGAUUGCGGGUGACGAUCUGGUGUGCUUGACGAUUAUGAGUGAUAAGGAGCUUGGUGGGCCGGAAGUUUCCUCCUCCGGGCCUUCCAUAAUUAUAGGGAGCUUUCAGCUGCAGAAUUUCUAUGUGGAAUAUGAUCUGCUGAAUGAGAGGUUGGGAUUCAGGCAACAGCGAUGCAAUUGAUUUUCAUCAGUUUGCUUUUAAGGGAAAUACUUGUCCGUACAAAAGGAUGGAUAUAAAAUGUGCCCUUUUUUACUUCCAAAUAACAACUUAGGGUAAUUUACAUUGUCCCUCGGAUUUGCGUUCAAUUGCGACCUUAAAACAUUUUAAUCAUAUAUAUUUACUUAUUA